UAUCGUUAUAUAGUAAUGGCUGUUAUGACAGUGAAAGAAGUUUCCGCCAUAACAGCAUUGGUAACAUUUAUGUUAGUCAACCGAUACCUUACGUUUGGUGCUGUUCAAAUCACUGGGUUUGCCUGCUAUCUCAAACAAGGCAUAAGCAUGACAGUGUAUUACUUUGGAAGCUGUAUCGGAGGUCCAAUAGUCGGUGCUUCAGCUACUACAUUGGCGACCGUUCUGUGGAGUGCAGUCAUUGGCAUCAAAGUAUAUUGUAUUGAACUUCUUUGGGGCUUCAGUUUUAACCUGAUCACGGGUUACUUUUACGAACAUUUAGUAAAAUGGGGUUCUUCAGUUAAAUCGUGUGAGGAGUUACCGCUUCCUGAAAUAUGUCGUGCAAUAUUCUAACUAAGUGUCAGCUUUUAAAACGUCGGUACAUAUCAAGACUCGGGUCCAAGGUAUUUGUAUAAGACACAUGAGUUUCAUCGGGGCCGAUUUUACCUUCUUACUCUGUUUUCUGUAUUUGUUGAACUACCUGUUGUUAUUUUAACUGUUGUAAAUUUGUUUUUUACUUGUUUUAAAUUAGUAUGGAAACGAAAUAUACCAUUAAUGCCCAGUGCUAUAUACUGUAUUGAUGCAAUUUUGUAGUUUUAUUAUGUUCUAUUCCGUGUCAUUUUAACACAUAGAGAAAGAUACAUGCAUAUCUUUAUAUAUAUAUAUAUGAACACACUGUACAAGUUAUGUCUGUUUAUAUGUAUAUUUACAUAUAUUAUUAAACUUUAUAAGUUAUUUUAAAUAUUGUACAUAGUGUACACAUUCUACCACGAUACUAUUAAAAUAUAAUGUAUAUAUUUAUGUAAGAUUUGUCAUGUGUGUUUAGUCGUCUUUUCUUUUUAGCAAUCGCGUUUCGUAGUUGAACUUUUACUUCCUGUGGAAAAUACAAUUCAUUUAAGUUA